AGUCGCACAAUCCCCGUGAAAAGCAUUCUGGGAUAGAGUAUGUAAACAUCAGCCUCAAACCUGUCAGAGGAGAUACCAAUGUAUUUUAUACAUAAUGCAAUUUUGAGCAGGCUUCUUUUUGUAUGACUUUGCCUUUUAAUACAAUCGGGGGUCCCUCGACUUCGUGAUUUAUCGGGAUGUGACUCUGCUUUCAACAAGCGACAGUACUUCUGUGCAAGUGUCAGAAUGCUAGCAGCUAGUUAGCUCGCUGCUGGCUCACAUUCAUGCGCUCAUCAUAGUUGUAUAACAUUUCACUGGAUUCGACCGUUCUUCUUUGUUACCGGCAGCCCAGACUCCUUGUCCUACUGUGAAGGAUGGGUGUGAAAACCUUCACUCACAACUCCCCCAGCCACAGCCAGGAACUUUUGGAUAAGCUGAACACCCUGCGCAGUGAGGGCCACUUCUGUGACGUUACCAUUCGUGUACAGGGCCAGCUGUUCUCAGCCCACAAAGUAGUACUAGCCUGCUGUAGUGACUUCCUUCGAGCGAAGCUGUCUGGGAAGCGGACUGAAGAAGACACUGUGAUUGUAGGUGAAGACAACAAACAUGUGCUGGAUCUUCAACACGUGACUGUCGCCGGUUUCGCCCCUCUUCUGGAAUACGCCUACACGUCCACCCUGUCCAUUAGUACGGAGAAUAUCAUCGAUGUACUCGCGGCGGCUAGCUACAUGCAGAUGUUUGCGGUAGCCAACACUUGCUCUGAGUUCAUGAAGUCCAGUAUCCUGUGGAACUCUGCAUCCUCGGGAGCAGGAGGCCCUGGUGGUGCCCUGCCCCCGGGUUUGCACAGGCCCCAAGAGCCACCUGAAGGCCAUGCGAGCUGCACCCUCGCCCCUGUAGAUGCCCUCUCACCGUCUCCGGUCUCAUCCGAGUGCAGUGUACCGGAGCGGCCCAUCCCUUUGUGCCGCGAAUCUAGGCGCAAGCGCAAAGGCUUUGCGAGCCCGCAACCAGCAUCCUCUACCUCUCCGCAAGUCCCCAACCCCUCUCCCUCUUCUUCCUCCUUCCCUGAGAGUUCAGCGCAGGCUCUGGAACCUUCUCUGGCCUUCUCCUGGACAUACCCCUUUGGUGUGGACCGGCGGUUUACUCCAGAGAAGUCAAAAUUACCCGAAGGUCUCCUGGAAGCAUCCGGAGCGUCGGGGCAGGACUCUAGUGGACGGGCACUGGUGGAGUACCUCGCCUGCGAGGGUCCGCGCAGCCUGGGGGUUGGGGGUGCGGCAGGGGUAGAGGAGGAGGAAGAAGAUGAUGUCCAGGUGAAGGUGGAAAGGCUGAGUGAUGAAGAAGUGCAUGAAGAGGCUUCUCAGGCGGUCAGUGCCCCACACAGUUCUCUGAGUGACCAGCAGACGGUUCCUGGCAAUGAACACACCCAAGAAGAUCUACUCAUCAGCCCCCAGUCCUCAUCCAUUGGCUCCAUGGAUGAGGGGGUGACGGAGGGUCUCCAGUCAAUGCAGGGCACUCCAAACACUACUGGUCACAUGGAGGAGGAUGAGAGGUUGGAGAAUGUCCAGUACCCAUACCACCUGUACAUCAGUCCUUCCACCCGCCCAGGACUCAACGGUCCUGAACGGCCCUUCCAGUGUCCUACAUGUGGCGUCCGCUUUACUCGAAUACAGAAUCUCAAACAGCACAUGCUCAUCCACUCUGGUAUUAAGCCAUUCCAGUGUGACCGCUGUGGAAAAAAGUUUACGCGGGCUUACUCCCUGAAGAUGCACCGGCUGAAGCACGAAGGUAAACGCUGUUUCCGGUGCCAGAUCUGUAGCGCCACUUUCACUUCCUUCGGUGAAUAUAAGCACCACAUGAGGGUGUCUCGCCACAUCAUCCGCAAGCCUCGGAUUUACGAGUGCAAAACGUGCGGCGCCAUGUUUACCAACUCCGGCAAUUUAAUCGUACACCUGAGGAGUCUCAACCAUGAGGCGUCAGAACUAGCAAACUACUUCCAGACCAGUGAGUUCCUCCUCCCAGACUACCUGAGUCACAUGCAAGAGGAAGAGGGUCUGGGACACUUUGAGAUGAGUGAGCACACCUUUGAAGCUUCUUCCUCCUCUUCCUCAGUCCAAACACCAGUUAUCUCUCAAGUUUCCUCUACCAUGAACUAUGACAGCCACACUUCUGCACCUCCUUCCCAAACCCCAAACCCCAGAUCAGGGCAGGAAGGGGAGGGCACACCAGGCGACCAUCCCAAGUCCUCCGCUGCCGUUACCUCUCUAGAAGACCCAGAGGAAGAUGAGGGAGAGAAAGAGAAAGGGGGGAGAAAGAAGAAAAGACUUGUGUCAAUUACAAUUGAGUGAAAACGUUCCAUGUAAGCAUGUAUAAUAACAGUCCUGUUGCACACGUCUCGUUACAGCUUACAAAUCUGAUGUGUUCCAUUAUCAAAAAGUAUAAUGCCUUUUGAUAUUUGUUCAUUCUGAUUUGUUGGGGUUACUUUAAAAUUCAAGUCAAGUCACCUUUAUUUAUAUAGCGCUUCAUUCGAUAGAUCGUUUCAAAUCAGCUUUACAGUGAUGACAGGAUAUUUUCUGAAAGAACAUCACAAUUCUAAAUUAAAAAAACCAAACAAACUUGAAAUAAAAAAUUUACUUAUUUAUUAGUAACCCAUUAUCUGUAAUUAUUAAUCGCUAAUGAAUUUGUUCCAUUGAACAUAUUAUUUUUUUAUUACAAUUUUUUAACCACUUAGAAUUUUAUCGUACAAAUGUGAUGGUUUUUUUUGCAUAACGUUGAACUAUGACUGAUCUGUUUUUAUUAUUUUUCUUCAUUUUCUCCUAUUUCAUGUCUGCGCCUUAACAUAGCAAACUGCCCCUUCUGACUGUAAACAAACCUGUUAUAAACUGGGAAGCUUCGACCCCCUGAGGACCGUUCCUAAAAAAUGUGAAAGACAGUCUUUGUUACUACUUCCAUGUGUGUUCAGAGCGGAAACAAAACACUGAACCUGACUGGCACAAAACAACCAUGAGACCUUAUUAAUGGGCUGUUGUGCGUGGAUGGUGACUAAUCUAAUGAGUGUAUAUGUGAAGAGUAGCCCUGUUUUCCUAGCCCUCUUUUCUGCUGUGUGUAAUGCUGCUAAAUUUUGUAAACUGUGCCUCUUGCUCAGCUCUCCGAACCACUCGUCAAUUCGAUCUGAAGAGCUGUACGUGAAUUCUUUUAGUUUAACAUUGUUCUUUUGUUUGUGACAGAUGGAUGAAAAGGGUCACGUUUUAAUAGAGUGGAAGGUGAUAUUUCCAUAGCCUUUCCCAUUUUAUUGCUGUUGGAAUUAUUCUAUGGAAUUUUUCUCCAUAACUUGAUGCCAUAGUUGUAUGUGCCUAACAGUCUCCAAAACAAAGUUUAUGAACAUCUUGUGACUAUGGCAUGAGCCUUGAUUGAAGAUAUGUAGCAUUUAUUUUGUUUGGUGAUUGUAAUGAUCGUGUAUCUUGCGUAUAAACCCGCUUCCUCCAUGUGAUAUUGCACCUGGCAAUCAGUCUCGAAGCUGCUCCAUUCCAACAUGAUUUUGUAGGGAACAAACAUUUUUAAUAGGCUUUGUGCAAUAUUGUUUCGGAUGAUUCGCGUAUUACAAAAUGAAAUGAUGUGAAUAAAAACAUUUUAUACUGCAGUGGACAAUGAGCUGAACGAGCGAAGAUAACGAACUACAGGAGGGGCUUAGUCGAGGGAAUAAGCUAAAGCAUGUACCCUUCGAUAAACAGUUCAGAUGAAAUACAAGGAGCGAAAGAAAUCAUAUUAUGUUACAUAUUAUUACAUAUUAUGCAAUAUGCUCCGAUGUCAUUUCCCUCGAGAUGGUCUAGCGCUUAUCUCACUCUCUCCACCGCGGGCUGUUGCUCAAACUCAAUUACUUCAUAGUCUGAGAGUUUGUAGUGACGCAUUUAUCCAUAAGACAAUAUCGGCUGUCUGUCCCAGAUUGCUCUUUGUGCUACUUGCAUGUUUUCCGUGCAAACAGAAGUAUGGGGGGGUGAAUAUAGCAUGGGUCGAUUCGUUUGUUGGAUGUCGUUUCAGAUAUGUGCAACUACAAUUUUGUAUACAAUAUUCAAUCUUUGGUGUUCAAUUGUUUGAGCAGAAAGAAAACGUGGUAUUUCAGUAGUCAUAAUGCUUUUUUUCCUAAAUCUGCAUCGAUGACGGUUACCUUGUAAAGUGUCAAUUUGUACAUUUGUAAUAUCAAUGUAAGUGUGAGUUAUUUGAUUGAGUCUUGUAGUGUUCGCUUUUGUGAUCAUGUCUUAAUAAUAGUAUAUACUCUAUAUGCUUUUUUUAAAGCCUAUCGUUUUAGUGGUAUCUUGUGCCUUUGGAUAUUGGAUCUGUAUUGUAUUUUAAUUGGCAUAAACAUUAAUUGAUAUGAAUUCAUAAUGUUUUGUAGACAGAAUGCUGGUAGACUUCAAAUGUAGCUUGAAACUAAAAAUAUUUUUGAAGUGCUAUUCGACACGGUUUUAACUGUACGCUUUGUGUUUAUUUUCAUAAAGAAAAAUGUAUUAGUCAUUUUGUAUUCUUUCAGUGGUUCUUAUCAUCCGUUUCUGUGCCAAUUCAGAUUUAUUGAAUGAUGUUUUGUAAAAACAUUAUGUACAUUAAGAUUUACAGUAAAUGGUUACAGCCUGAGA